GAAGCGGGUUCAAGGAAAGACCCAGAAAACUCCCACGGGGGACAAUGAAAUCUCGUCUAUCCAGGUCACCAAAGAGAUUCUCUGAGCAGAUUCUGAUGAAGAAAACAAUUGAGUUCGGCAAAGAAAACCCAUCGAUGUAGAUGAAAUAGUGAAGAUGGAUUUGCUUUUAGCUUGCUUUGAAACCCCUUUUCACAGCAAGUCCAAUGAUGAUAAAUCGAAAAGACCCCUUGGAUAUCCUUGUCUAUGGUGCAGUCGAGACAAGAAUAACCCCGUUAGAGUUAGUCACAGCAAUCCGACAGGCAAUCUUAAAGCCCAUCAAGACGGUUCGACUCAAGACGGUCGAUCAACCAUUGGCUGUCCAGGACGUCUCACAGCUAAAGCCCAAGGACAUGACAUUCCACUUUUGGUUGCCGAACGAUAUGCUCGAGACGAAGCUGAACGCAAGAAGAAGAGUGGUCCUCUUGACUCUUUCAUCACCAAGACCAAGGGAUCGAAAUUCAAUAACCUCACUUUCAAUCAGGGUAUGUGCGUAUGGCUGGUUCGACAAGCGCUGCCAUGGUCUCGACUAGCAGACUCAUGGCUUCGCGCGUGUAUCAACUACAUUUGACCUGAAGCUAAACUGUCUGGGAGGCACUGGGCAGCCAUCAAGGCUAAACGCUUAAACUUGUCCAUGAAGGAACAAGUCAUUAAAGAACUGAAGGGCUUGACUUCGAAAUUCUCAAUGCAACACGAUGUGUGGACCUCAAAAGGAAACCGACACGGCUUUAUAUGUGCAAAUGUAACUUAUAUCAAUUCAUUGUGGAAGUACGUAUCUCGUCACCUUACACUUAAGGUGGUUGCAUGGGAGCACUGAGGCGUUUGGCUAGCGGAACCUUUAGCCAACGUGUUGAUCAAACAUCAACUUGUUGAUAAGAUAACCAGACAACCGACUCGGGGUCAAAUAACAAAACGAUGGCAAUGGAACUGCAUCACCAAUUCACCAGUCAAUGCAGACCCGAAUCUGACUACCGCUGGAAUCCUGAGAAGAUGCAUGCGUUCUGUUUCUCCCACAAGCUGGCCUUGAUAGUUGGGGCAGGCCUUGCGGCUCUCGGUCUCAAGACAGCUCCACCGCGAAAGGCAAAGACUGCCUUUUGAGGACGAUUUCCAGCCGUUUGUACCUCUCUAGCUG